CUCGAUAGCGCGGCAAAUCGUUUCAAAAUCGACCUUUCAAAACACAGAUAAAAUUCACUAUGAGAAUGAUCUCUGUGGAUGAAAGUUGGAGUGAUGGCGAUGAUUUUUUGCUUUGCAAAGAAGUUGAAAAGUAUGAACAAGAUGUUGAAGAGGUGUUGAAAAAUGGAACCGAGAUUGCUGCAAGUGAUACAAGUAAUGCAGAGGGUUCGGUUCAACUGAUUUCAACUUUAGUCAAGCGCAAAAGGGGGAAGGAUGAUCUUUGUUCAGAACUUGAGGAUGAUGGUCUGCCUGACAACCUGGAGAAAAUAGUGGGAUUCAAACCCUUAAAACAACAUUGCAAGAACAAAACCAGUGAAAUGGUCUCAGCUAAAAAUGUAGAUCAAUUUCAACUUGUUGAUCAAUCUGAAAUAUCAUCAGAUAUUUUUGUUGAAUGCACAACAAGACCUAAGAGAUUGAAAAAAUCGGUUGAAAGUGAAAACACUAAAGAUGAUGCAGCUAAAACAGCUACAACUGCCUGUUCAAACAAUAUUAUUCAUGAAAAAGAUGCUGAGUCAGAAGCACUGGUUACAUGUAGUAAAGGUUCACAUAUAGCCAUAACUUCUUCCUGUUUGAAAGAUAAUGAAAAGGAAUCAUGUGAAACAGACUUUGCUGAAGAAUUUACUGAAAAUGAUCUCUCUGUAGUAGCAACACUGGAGAAAACUCUGGAAAGUCCAUUAUCCAGUUUUCGCCCAGGGUAUUUGUGGGUUUCUGAUCUGACACGACAAAAUUGGUGCGAACAGCAGUUGUACUACUCCUUUACUGUGCCAGGACUUGUCGAGGAAAAGCCUGUGAUGACAGAGGGAACGAACUUGCACCUGGAAAGAGAGCUUGCUGUGCAUGAUGUUGUCAAUGUUCGAGUGACGUCUAACGAGGACAUCUGGGGGAUUAAAGUCCUCAAUCUCAUCAACUCCCUACAGGGAUUUCUAAACGGCGGAACCGUUGCCAGGGAAAUACCAAUAUUUGGCGCUCCAUUCAAUGAAGGUGUUUUUAUUGUUGGCCUUAUUGAUGAGCUACGGUUUGAUCCGGAAAUGUAUCUGAUGGAACUUUGGGAGCUAAAGACAAGGAAGCGAAAAAGUAUGCCAUCGAAAGCACAGUGUGUUCAACAUAGGCUGCAGGUUAUGUUAUAUAAGAAACUUUUUGAUGAUUUAGUGAAAGGUAACCUUGCAAAGGAAACAGUCGCAAAACACCUUCGUUUGGAUUUGAAGAAAACUUUCGGAGAUGAUGUUGUCAAACAAGUAACUAUCAACUUCUUGACAAGUAAAGAUUUGUCAGAAUUAAUGGAUGUGUUGUUCUCAAAGGUUCAAUGUUUAACCUGUAUUCAGGAAAUCGGUGUCGAAUAUGUUCACCAGGACUCAAAAGGCACAAUCGGAAUGUGUAGAGAGUCAUACAGUGAUGAAGAGCUAGAAAAACUGUACAAAGAGUACCUGAAGUUUUGGCGGGGUGAACGAUGUUCGACAGGUGUUGACAUUGAAGAUGCAUGGAAAUGUCAGUCAUGUGACUUUGCAGACAUCUGUGAUUGGAGGAAAAAGAAGGCUGAAGAGUACUCGAAAAAGAAUAUAGUUUGAUUUUGGGUAUCAGAUUAAGUUAAAUGGAAUACCAAGCAUGCUUUGUAUUCAGAAGUCAUCCUGGUUGUCCAUCUGUCUGUGCAAUUCUUACCACCCUUGUGACUCAUAUGAUACAUCUGCAAUUAAACAUCCUAAAUUUUCAUUUGCUGGAGCACAAAGAUCUUACAACGAGCUAUGGAGACCAUCAAUUUUAACUGUCUGUUUGUUAAGACUAUAUUAUUUUUCAAACUUGGUGCUAUCAUAGAAUGAUUUUAUUGGACGACUUUGUUUAAACUGAUUGUAUAUGCAGAUUGUAACAUUUUGUUCUUUUACGUAUAUACUGUUUAAGUGUUAUGACAGUGAGUGAGUGUACAUAUGUGACGUCAGCAUAAAAAUUAGUCCUCGAGAUAACGAAACUUCGCAACAUUCUAAAAACAAACAAUGUUUAACUGAACCAAAAAUAUCGGAAAAAAGUUUGACAUAACUGGAACAUUGAGAUAACAGAGUUCGACAUAGCAAGUUUCGAGUGUAUGAGAUUUAUUUUCAUAAAAUAUUUUAACAAAUCUAGGAUUGCUUGCCUAAAAGGCUCGAUUAUUUGCACAAGGAUGAGUGUUUAUUAUUACUCUACAGGACUCAUUAUUUUGCUAUGACUUUACAUAUAAAAAUAAUAUUUUAAAAUAUCUAUUUCUUGAUGGAGUUGUUAAAAAUGAUAAUGUUUUCUAAACUGUUCAAAGAUAUUCAAGCAGUCUGCAUUUUUAUAAUGUAAAUAUUAUUUUCGGUACUCUUUUAAACAUAAUUAUGAACAUUUCAUCGUUAUCGUUGAUAAAUAUUAUUAGUACUUUUGUAUGAUGUACCUUUUAUAUACUGUAGGAAUCACGUAUUGUUAGUAUAAAUUUAAUAUAUUAAAUUGUUAAUUAAAUUCUUCAUUCUCGUUUGAAACAUGAAACAUUUUAAUUUGAUAAAACGCCUGUUUUUACAUAAAUACAUAUUCAAUGGCGUUGUACAAAUAGAUAUAGUAAAUGUAAAAGCAAGUUACAUGUAAUAGAAGCAAUGUACAUUAUAUUGCUAAACUGGUAUUAGUUAAAAAGUAAGGAGCAAUCUGAAUAAAUUCUCGUUUGGGCUGCAGUACAAAUUAUUUGAUUAUUAGACAUUUGCACUUGUAUUACUCUCAGUCUGGCUCAAAAGUUUAUAUUCAGGUGUAUUCGAGAUUUGUUUUACAACACUUGAAUGACUAAAAAAAAGAGAAAAAGUUUAAACAAAAAAUGUUAUGUGGAGGGCUGUUUCUAAACAAGUUCCGAUGUAAUUGAAAUGUAUAAUUAAAAUGUAGGUUUAAAUGUAGGUUUCUGCCACAACGGUGAAAACUGUCGCAAGUAAAUAUUAUUUGCUUUGUGCAAUAAAACACAUCAAAAGCACUUUAAAAAUAGCGAAUGGAUAUAUAUAUAUAUUGUUUGGUUUAAUAUAAGAAAUAUAACAGACAACUUCGGGCCAUAUAACUUGAUAAGAACUGGUCAGUCAGUCCCCAAGAAUGAAUGGACCGCGUCCUUAUGAUAUAAUAUGACCCUCAGGGGCAUGUAAUAUUUCUUUAAUAUAUAUUUUAUAUAAAAAAAUAUAUAUCUAAUGGUUCAAUUAUGUAACGUAAUCUCUGCUGUUAAUCUUAUUUCCACGCAUUUUACGUGUAAU